AUUACAAAGAUCUAUUUCAGAAACUCUACCGAUGGAAUCUAAGGAUAAACCAUGGACGAGGCGUUUCUUUAGCAUCAGAAACGGAAACCGCAGAAAUAGCGAACACAAAGAAGCUUCAGCAUCUGGAACAAGAUCAGCAUGUAGUUCUCCUGGUCGUCCUAUGUUAUCAACAUCAUCAUCAUCAUCAGGUCCAGAAAGAAAAAAGGCAUUCUUUGCUUCCUUGAAAGGAGCCGCGUUUUUCAGAACAGUCGACAGGGAAGAAAAACUUUCCCCCAUUCGCCCCUCUUUCCUCGGUCAAAUCUACAGGAGCCUUUCUCGGUCUACAACAAAAUCUACAAACUCUCAGAUAUCACAGGACUCAUGGGCUCGAUCCUUUACUUCACAGAGUUCAAGAGAAUCCAAUAAUGCAAACCAACACGGUGUGUUACAAGUACUCCAGAGGAAACAUUCAUUCUGUCCUUCAACAUCUAGUCUAGUGGUCAAAAGAGACAAACAGGACACACAGGACAUGAAGGACAUGCAGGACGGUUGGGAUAGACAGGAUAUUCAUGACAGGAAGGACAUGCAUGACAGGAAGGACAUGCAUGACAGGAAGGACAUGCACGAAAGAAUAAAAAGACGUGAAAGGUUUCUAAGACAGGAAAGUCAGGACAGGAAGGAUAUAAGAGACUGGCAUGAAAUGGAGGACAGGAAAAGUAUUCGGGAUAUGAACCUCAGACAAGACAGCCUGGAUUUGCAAGAAUUGCAGGAAAGAAAGGAGAAAGAAGAAAACAAGUUAAAAUCCCUGGGACAUGAAGUGAGAGAAAAGCAGGAAUUACUGGACAUACAGGAAACUAGUGAAGGGCAUGAAAUACCGGACAACAGUAAAACAUGGAGCCGGCUGAGCACUCUUGGAAAAAUAUACAACUAAGUGUCCAACUAAAUAUACAACUAAGUGUCCAACUAAAUAUACAACUAAGUGUCCAACUAAAUAUACAACUAAGUGCUCACUAAAUAUACAACUAAGUGUCCAACUAAAUAUACAACCAAGUGUCCAAUUAAAUAUACAACUAAGCAUAAAACCAGAACAAUUCUACAUUCUUCAUAUUCUGGGGCGUUUGCAAUAAUUUAAUCUUUUUGAAGUCACACCUCUUGAAAAUAACAGUUGUGAUUUUUCAAGGGGGGGGGAGCUGAGCCCCCUGUAUGCGCCCUGGAAUUCUUACACUUUAGAUAGGUUUAAACUAUGUUAACCAUUCCAAAUUCCAUGGUUAAAAUUUGUAACAUUCUUCUCAAUAUAUUAAAGGGACUGUUUACGUAAUUUCACGUGACCCUCUAUGGAGUGGCAAUGCCCUAUUAAACCAACGGUACUUUUAAAGUAGAAAUUAAAUGUUAAUGUUGGAAAUUAUGAAAACUUUUAUUUUCAAUUGUGGACUUGUUACUGUACAUAAGUUAC